AUGUCAUCAACACGAACAGCUCCACGAACAACAUCAAAUAGUAAAACAACAUCUUUGAAUACUCAUCAUACAAAUGGUUCGGGUAAUUCAUAUGAUAUGAAUGAUUCACAAUCAAAUUUGAAUUAUCCCACUGGCAAUAAUCCAGACUUUGAUUCAAAUCUGCAACGAUCAUCUUUAAAAAGAAAUGUUUCGCAAUAUGAAGGUAUCUAUCGAAAUGCUCGAUUUAUUCAUGCAAUAAGUAGUGGAUUAGUGGGUCAACAAGUAGUUAUUCAAACAAGUGAUCAUGAACGAUUUCACGGUGUACUUGAAACAUUUUCACCAAAUGCUGAUAUUGUUCUAACUGUUUCACAUCGAUUAGAUAAAAAUAAUAAUGAUAUAAUUACUACACCUACAUUACCUAUUGAUAUUAUUGAUACAAUUGAUAGUUCAUCACAAACAUUUGAAUUACAUAAACGAAUUAUUAAAGCAUCUAAUAUUGUUGAAAUUAUAGCUGUUGAUAUUGAUCUAUCAACUAAUGCAAAAUGUUCACUUGAUGAAAAUCUUAAAGUUAGUCAAUUAGAGGAUGAUCGUUUUAGUCGUAUGGAACAUUUUUAUGGUUCAGAUGAAAUUGAUCCAGAAACAUUUGAAAAUCUUGAACUUGGUGAUGAUGGAAAAACUGGUUUUGAUCCUGAAGAUAUGUUUCAUACAAAUCGAGAAAAAUUUAAUACAACAACUGAUUUUGAUGAAAGCAAAUAUACAAAUGUUCCUAUUCGUCAAAUGUCAGCAACAGAAUUAGCAGAAAUUGAAAAAAAAAUUCAAGAAAUUGAAAAAGGAACCCGAACAGAAGAUAUUGAUGAAGAUGAUGCGGGCGUUAAACGUCCAACUGAAUCCCAUAAUCUCGAUGAUAGAAAUAGUAAUAUAAAAAAUAAUCGUUCAAAUCGAAAUGAAUUUCGUUAUGAUAAUGAAUAUAAUCCUUCAAAACGCGAUAAUUGGCGUGAACAACGAUCUACUGGUAAUAAUAAUAAUCGUCGUGGUGGUGGAAAUAAUCCAAAACAAAAUCAAUACAUAUCAACAAAUAAUCGUCAACAAUAUAAUACACGUAUAUCACGUAAUAAUCGUUUUAUAGAUAAUCGAUCACCACAUCAAGGAAGAGAUUCACCAUUACAAACAACAAAUGAAGAAUCAACACAUAAUAAACAACGAAUAAAUAGUGGUAGUUUUCCACAAGGACAAUCUUCGAAUCCAACAAGUCCAUCAACAAUUGUUUCAGCUCGAACUAUUUAUCCUAGUACAAAUCGUUCAUCAAAUAAUCAAAAUUCACCAACACAAUAUACCGGUAGUUCAUCAUCACGUACUAAUUCUAUAACAGCUACAUCUCCACCACCAUUAAAUCAACAAUCAGGAACAAAUAAAAUGACAAAGAAAUCAUCGCUCAAUGAACAACAAUCUAUACAUGAUGAAACUGAUCCACCAAAGCAACAACGUUCUUCAAAUAAUCAAAUAAAUACAACUCCACUUAAUCGUCCAUCGCAAUUACAAUCAAAACAACAAUCAGUUUCAACAAAUAAUAGUAUACAAUCAUCGUCAACAUAUUCAAAUCAAGAUGAUAAUUCAUCUAGUCAUGAUAUAAUUAAUACAAAUCAAUCAAGUACAACUGGAACAACAACACCAAAUUCAACGAAAUCCAAUGCCGCAUUGAAUCCUGAAGCGGAUGAAUUUGUUCCCGUAUUUUCACGUGAAAGUAGUUCUCGACCAGAAUCACGUGGUACAUCAACAACAAGUUCAACAUCUAUGAAUGCUUUUAUUCCACAUGCUCAUCCACAAGCACUUCAUUUUUUACAACAACAACAACAACAACAAGCUCAAUCUCAACCAACACAACCUAUGAUUCCAGUAACACAUACACAAAAUCCUGCAGCUUUAUAUCAACAAUAUUAUCAAACAGCAUUUGCUAAUAUGCCACAAUUUAUUAAUGCUACACCACAACAAAUGACAGUUGGAGUUAUGAGUGCACAGAUGAUACCACCGCAACCAUUGAUUGCAACUGGACCAAAUACAAAUAAUUCAAGUAAUGGAAGUUCAAGUGGAAUGACAACACCUAACAGUUCAGUUAGUGCUGGUCCAACUUAUAAAAUCAGUAAUAAUAAUAAUAAUAAUAACAAUAAUAAUAAUAAUCAAGCACAUAGCGGAGAUAAUGCUACUAGUGGAGUAAAUAAUGUUGCUCCAAAAAAAGCUGUUGUAUCCGUUCAACGUCCAGAACAAUCAAAUAUUCCUCAACAACAAAUACCUGGUGCCCCACAAAUGGUAUUUCCAGCUCCACCAAUUCGAUAUUUCUCACCUGAUUAUCUUGCACAGCAAGCUAGUCCAGGAUCUAUGCAUUUACAACAAAUUCCAUUUUAUUAUUCAAUGAAUACACCAGGUGUAAUUCAAACAGCUACAUCUGUUGGUCAACCUCAAAAUAUUAUGAUUCCAUCAACUAGUUCUUCAACAGGAUCAACUACACCAGUUAUGCCUCCACUUCAUUACGCAGGAAUUUAUCCAGAUCCACGUAUGUACAGUUUAUAUUCGUCAGCAGCAGCAGUUAAUCCAGCAAGUAUCCAUCCCCAUUGGCAAUUGGCUCGUUCACCUCCUCAACAACAACAAGCAACAGAUCAACAACGUGGUUUUGGUAAUGGUCAAAACGCUCCAUCUCAACAAACUCCAUCAACCGGAACUACAAAUACCGGUAGUCGAUCAGCAUCAAUAUCAGGUCCAAGUGGUGCUGGCAAUAGUAAUAGUGGUCCUCCUCUUACGCCACAAUAUACAUUGAAUGGAGCUAUACCAACUACCUAUGCUUAUGGAGGACCUGCUGGAUGGAUUUCUGGUCCACAACAAGUUUCAUCACUUCAGACAAAUAUAUCUCCGCAGAUCAAUGCCGCUUAUAAUAUAAUGUUUGAUCCAUCUCAACAAAUACCACCACAACAAGCAACAUAUCUACAUCGAAAUCCAUAUGAUAUACCUCACUAUUUUCCUCAACCAGGACAAUCACAACCUCCAGCAUCAUCACAACAACAACAACAACCGCCUUCCCAACCAGGCUUAGACACAGUACCACAAGGCAAUUAUAAUCGUUAA